AAAAAAAAAGGUAAAAAGUUUAGUGAUAGUCUGUGAUUUAUAGCUGAAAAUAAUAGAGGAGCUGCAUUAGCAAUAGAACAAGCACAUUAUGUGUGAUGUCUCCGUGUGUCGCGUAAGGUCAUCCCCCUCUAGUCCACAGGCCUUUGUUGGGCCUUUGCUCCUCUGAAAGAGGUCCCACUGCCAUGUGACCGAGCAUUCGCGCGAUAAUUGGUCCGAACCUCACAAACAGGGGAGCCCCUCUGGGUAAUGACCAAUGAUCGCACGAAGCAUCUGCCAAUUAGGCAAAAAAGAAAUGGGACCGGCAGAGGAAUUUUAUGCACAUGAAAUCCACAGAGGCUGUGGGACAAGUUUCAGGCGGGGAGACGUCGCAGACAGUCCCCCAGCAGACUUCAAUGGACGUUUCCCCAUUUGCUCCAUAUGCAGAUGUUGGAGAUGGACACAUGGAGGUAACAAUGUCAAGGAGGUCACUGUAUGGGCUGUACCCUUACAAGUGUAGCAUGAUUGGCCUGGAGAACCUGGGCGACCCUUCGAGUAACUGGGACAUAGUGGAGACCAUCGGUAAAGGAACGUAUGGCAAAGUCUACAGAGUGACCAACAAAAAGGAUGGGAGCCAGGCAGCAGUGAAAGUGCUGGACCCGAUCAAUCAUGCGAACCACUCAAACAGAGACAUGGAUGAGGAGAUAGAGGCCGAAUACAACAUUUUGAGGUCUCUGUCCAACCAUCCUAAUGUGGUGAAGUUUUAUGGCAUGUUUUACAAGUCAGAAAAACUAACAGGCGGACAACUCUGGCUGGUACUUGAGCUGUGCAACGGCGGCUCUGUCACAGAACUCAUCAAAAGCCUGCUCAUGCGAGGCCAGCGUCUGCAGGAGCCCGUUAUCUCAUACAUCUUAUACAACGCCCUCUUGGGCCUCCAGCAUUUGCACAACAACCAGAUUAUCCAUCGUGACGUCAAAGGCAACAACAUCCUUCUGACAACUGAGGGAGGAGUCAAACUGGUUGACUUUGGUGUUUCAGCUCAGCUGACCAGCGCUCGGCUGAGGAGGAACACGUCGGUCGGGACGCCGUUCUGGAUGGCUCCCGAGGUCAUAGCCUGUGAACAGCAGUACGACUACUCGUACGACGCCCGCUGCGAUGUGUGGUCCCUCGGCAUCACAGCCAUCGAGCUGGCAGACGGAGAUCCCCCACUGGCUGAGAUGCAUCCGGUUAAAGCCCUCUUCAAGAUCCCACGAAAUCCUUCGCCCACGUUACGAAAUCCGGACCAGUGGUGCAGAAGUUUCAGCCACUUCAUCGGCCAGUGUCUGAUAAAAGAUUUUGAGGCGCGUCCGUCUGUGACGCACCUUCUGGAGCACCCCUUCAUCAAGCAGGCCCACGGCAAAGAUGUGGCACUCCAGCGGCAGUUAGCAGCUCUCAUCCGAGAGCAGCAGGAAGUGGGCUGCACAACCAAAACCAAGCACGAGCGGAUCAAUACUCGUAAAACCCUCAUCAUACAGCGCUGUCCUGAUGAUGAUCUGGUAAACCUGGAGUUCUUAGAUGAGGAGAUAAUAAUCAGCCAUCUCCAGAAGAGGUAUGACGAGCUGCAGGUGUACACUUACGUCGGUGACAUUCUCAUCGCUCUCAAUCCUUUCCAGAAUCUCAGCAUCUACUCCCCCCAGUUCUCAAAGCUGUACCACGGUGUGAAGAGAGCUGACAACCCUCCGCACAUCUUCGCCACCGCAGAUGCCGCCUAUCAGGGAAUGGUGACUUUUUGCAAGGACCAGUGCAUCAUCAUCAGUGGAGAAAGUGGUGCAGGGAAAACAGAAAGCGCCCAUUUGAUUGUUCAACAUCUCACUUUCUUGGGAAAGGCAAACAAUCGGACGCUACGCGAGAAGAUCCUGCAGGUCAACCCUCUCGUCGAGGCCUUCGGAAACGCCUGCACGGCCAUCAAUGAUAACUCCAGUCGUUUCGGCAAAUACCUGGAGAUGAAGUUCACGCCGACCGGAGCGGUCAUCGGGGCCAAGAUAUCAGAAUACCUGCUGGAGAAGUCGAGGGUCAUUAAACAGGCCGUGGGAGAGAAAAACUUCCACAUAUUUUAUUACAUGUACGCCGGGCUCUACCACCAAGACAAGCUGAAGACUUACAGACUGCCAAAGAGGACGCCUCCCAGGUACAUCGACAGCCAGCACUGCAAAGUGAUGCAAGACAUUGUCUCGAGUAAACUGUACAAGGAGCAGUUUGAUGCAAUUCAGGAGUGCUUCCGAAAUAUCGGCUUCACGGAGGAGGAGGUUAACUCUGUUUACCGAAUCCUCUCGGCCAUUUUGAACACUGGCAACAUUGAAUUUGCUGCCAUCACAUCUCAGCAUCAGACCGAUAAGAGUGAAGUGCCUAACUCGGAGGCCUUAGAGAACGCUGCAUCUCUCCUCUGCAUCGGCCCAGAGGAGCUCCAGGAGGCGCUGACCUCUCAGUGCGUGGUCACGAGGGGCGAGACCAUCAUCCGCACCAACACCGUGGACAAAGCCACGGACGUCCGCGACGCCAUGUCCAAGGCCCUGUACGGGCGCCUCUUCAGCUGGAUAGUCAACCGCAUCAACUCGCUGCUGCAGCCGGACAUGAAUAUCUGUGCUGCGGAGAGCGGCAUGAAUGUGGGAAUCCUGGACAUCUUUGGGUUUGAAAACUUCAAGAAGAACUCGUUUGAGCAAUUGUGCAUCAACAUCGCAAACGAGCAGAUUCAGUUUUAUUUCAACCAGCACAUAUUUGCCCUUGAACAGAUUGAAUACCAGAGCGAGGGAGUGGAUGCCAGCCUGGUGGACUACGAGGACAACAGGCCCAUUCUGGACAUGUUCCUGCAGAAGCCAAUGGGUCUUCUGUCCCUGAUGGAUGAAGAGAGCCGCUUCCCUCAGGCCACUGACCAGACCCUAGUGGACAAAUUUGAGGAUAAUCUGCGCUGCAAAUAUUUCUGGAUCCCUAAAUGCAUGGAGCUUAGCUUUGGAAUUCAGCAUUAUGCGGGAAAGGUAAUGUACAACGUGAAUGGAUUUCUGGAGAAAAACAGAGACACUCUUCCCGCAGACAUCGUUGUGGUGUUGAGAACAUCGGAGAACAAACUUCUGCAGCAGCUCUUUUCCAGCCCCUUAACUAAAACAGGAAACCUGGCGACGUCCAGGGCCCGGGUCACCGCUGCCUCCAGAUCUCUGCCACCGCAGCUCACUUCAGGACGCACCAAGUCUCCCAAAUACCUGUUGAAGGUGGACACCAUGGAGAUGAUGCGUCACCCGGAAGAAACCACCAACAUGAGGAGACAGACCGUGGCCUCCUAUUUCCGCUACUCCCUGAUGGACUUGCUGUCUAAGAUGGUGGUGGGCCAGCCUCACUUUGUGCGCUGCAUCAAGCCCAACGAUGACAGGCAGGCGCUGCGCUUCUGCAAGGAGAGGGUGAUGGUGCAGCUGCGCUACACGGGGAUCCUGGAGACGGUGAACAUCCGCCGGCAAGGCUACUCCCACCGCAUCCUGUUUGAAGAGUUUGUCAACAGAUAUUACUACCUUGCGUUUCGGGCCCACCAGAUGCCUGAGACGAGCAAAGAGAACGCUGUUGCUAUACUGGAGAGAGCCCAGCUGAAGGACUGGGUGCUGGGGAAGACAAAGGUGUUUCUGAAGUAUUACCAUGUGGAGCAGCUGAACCUGCUCCUCAGGGAGGUGAUUGCUCGGGUGGUGGUGAUGCAAGCUUACACCAAAGGCUGGCUGGGUGCCCGACGUUACCGGAAAGUGAAGGAGAAGAGAAGCCGUGGGGCCACCGUCAUCCAGUCAGCCUGGAGGGGCUACGUCGCUCGCCAGAACCUCAAGCAAAUGAAGAAGGAGCGGGAAGAGGCCGCUGUCCGUAUACAGUCAGUUUACAGGGGCCAUCGGGUGCGUCAGGACUGCGGACCCCAGAGGCACAGAUGUCACCCCGAGGCUGGAGAAAAGACCACCGAGGAGGCGCAUACGGGGCACAUCCAGCAGGAAGAGGCGCAUAUGGACUCGAUACAUGACAUUAAACAAACUGUUGGCCCUGACAGCCGAGACAGACAAGUGAAAGACAUCAGCGGAGACAAAGGCAGAGGGGAAGACAGUGUAACGAAGCCGCGCAGGGAGACAGCUCGGCUGCGAGACACGCAGUGUAAACAAGGUCCAGUGAUGAAGCUGCAGCAGAGAACUCCUCGCCGGCGGGGCCAGCAGCCCAAGCUGCUCAACAGCCCCGAAGACAGCCUGUACUACAACCAGCUAAAUAGAACUCUGGAUUACCAGGGGAGCAAGAGGAAGCCGAGAAAACUUGGUCAAAUCAAAGUGCUAGAUGGAGAAGAUGAGUACUACAAAUUACUGUCAACUGUGGAGUCAAUCCCCGAGGAAGAGUACGCGACCGCGCCCCCCUCCCACCCUUUCUAGCGGGGGCCUCUCGUCAGUCAGUCAGAGCUGAGCCUCUCAACCAUGUCAGCCGGAUCGCACUCCAAACUCUUCCCCAGAGAACUGUAAGCACUCUCCGCUGGCUCUCCUGGCUGCCACUUGUAACCGGAUCGGGCAUCACCACGGAUCCAACCCGGCGGAUUUCCUCCAGGUCCCUUACGACCCCACUC